AUGUCCUCCAACGGUCGAAACUCGCCGCCACUGCCUUCGCCGGGUACUCGCCGACGUGCUUCAGUGACUAGCCAGACCUUCCAGGACCUAUUCGGCCGGUCAAGCAGCUAUGUAGGCCAGCAACAGCCCGCCUCGGGCCCCAUCACCACAGCAGCUGCCAACGCCCAGCGGCGGCGGCUCUCACUCACCACCAUCGGCCUGGGUGCCUCACCUGGCCAGACAUCACCCUUCCUCCAGACGCCGCGAACCCGAACCGAGAGCAUCUCCAGUGCCAACUCCGGUUCAGUCGACGAGAACCCAUUUGAGGAUGAUUACGCCCUUUCUACAUCUGCUAGCAGCAGCAACCCAGCCACACCCUUUGCUCGACGGCUGAGCUUCGGAGCUCGUGCGAUGCGGGAUGUUAGGCAGAGCAACGGAGGCGUUGGGAACCCAAAUGGUAGACCACCCAUCCAUAAAGCUUCCUCUCCCCCGACUGGUCGAGGUCGAGGUCUGUCUUCAUUGUCACAGUCAUUGCCCUCUUCCGCUACCCUGCUUCGUCCCUUUACACAUGCACAUUCGCGGCGAUCUACUUCCAUAUCACACAUCUGGCCUUCCACCAUUGCAGAGCAGUCCGAGAAUAUACUGGGAAACUACUCGCUAACGUCGUCUUCAACAGGCGAAGGUUACAAUUUCGCUGAGAACCUCCGAUCGCGAGCCGAGCGAGGCUCCAUCUCCGGCCCUAGCGGAAUGCUGAGUCCUUCUGCUCCAACACACCAGCGUGCUAAGAGUGUCACAAUAAUGGAGCCACCUGCCCGCGAGAUCCCGAAGCCCAAGGUUCCCGAUGCUAUGCAGGAGCGGAUCCUCAAGGGCGACUUCUACAUGGAUUAG